GACCACAUUGCACUCCAAGGAGGUACAGCACACUACCAACACCACCAGUCCCCGACUCCCUCCUUGCCUUGCCUCACACGCACACACCACUCUCUCUCACACCUGUACCGCCUUGCGCCAUCUAACUUAGUGUGUACCGAGAAUCCUGUACCGUGCCGCACGAGUAAACCUGGAUAGGUACCAGAUCUCUCUGGUCCCAAAUCUGUCACGCUACGUACCGCCCUCGCAGUUUUAUCUGCAAAAUCCCACGAAACACCCUACCUCCCCUUUCAGCCUCCCACUUGCGCCAACCCACCACUCUCGACCCCGUCUCUCGUACACCAACCGCGACGAACUCCUUCUACUUUGCCGCCGACUCCGACCUCGACCCCCGGCCCGACAAACGAAGAGACGACGGCUGCCUCCAUCACCACGACUACCAUCACUCCCGAUCCUAGCUCUUACAGCUACGACAUCCAGAGUCCUACCUGGCCCAUCUUUCCAUGUGUCGCUGCUGACGAGGUCCGACCAUCACCCCAAUCGCUCUACCUCGCCCGGCGCGAGCCUCGCAAGCUCCUCUUCACGGGAUACGACAUUCUCUACCGCGACCGUCUCGCCACGGCGCACACGCAUAACAAACACCGACACUCCUUUCGCCCUUCGUCGCAGUCGGCGCAUUCACAUUCGACAAGAUGAUGCUGGACGAGAAAUACAUUGGCCUCGGCCUUGCGAUGGCGUCCAGCUUAGCCAUUGGUAUCAGUUUCGUUGUCACGAAAAAGGGUCUCUUGCAAGCAGAAGAACGCCAUGGCUUUGAAGGCGACGGUUACGUUUACCUGAAGAGUCCAGUAUGGUGGGCUGGUAUUUCGACCUUGGUCCUUGGAGAAGUCUGCAACUUCGCCGCCUAUGCAUUUGCGCCCGCCAUCCUUGUUACUCCUCUCGGAGCCUUGUCCGUCCUCAUUGGAGCUGUUCUGGGAUCAUAUUUCUUAAAGGAAGAGCUCGGCGUUCUGGGUCGCCUAGGUAGUGCGAUUUGUCUUAUCGGCGCCGUCAUCAUUGUUCUCCAUGCGCCCCCAGACGAAGACAUUAAGACCAUCGACCAGAUCCUGCAUUACGCAAUACAGCCUGGCUUCUUGUUGUACGCAUUUGUCGUCACUGCCUUCGCCGUCUUCAUGAUCUACAAGGUUGCGCCGGUUCACGGACGGAAGAACCCCAUCAUCUAUCUCUCCAUCUGUUCGACGGUCGGCUCAAUCUCGGUUAUGUCUGUCAAGGCCUUUGGCAUCGCCCUAAAGCUCACGUUCGCCGGAAACAACCAGUUUAGCCACCCCUCGACUUACGUUUUCAUGAUCCUAACGACCGUUUGCAUCCUGACUCAAAUGAACUACUUUAACAAGGCACUUGCUCAGUUCCCCACAAAUAUUGUCAACCCCCUUUACUACGUAACCUUCACGACGGCGACCCUUUGCGCGUCAUUCAUUCUGUUUGGCGGUUUCAACACCACCGAUACCGUCAACACUAUAUCUCUUCUUUGCGGCUUCCUGGUCACCUUCACUGGUGUUUACCUGCUAAACCUUUCGAGAUCCGACCCGAAUGGACACAAGAUGAUUGCUGGCCGUGGCGGUGACGAUGCAACCGGCACGGACAUGAUCUCAACGAUCCAGACCCGCCUGAGCAUGCAGGCCCGCCGAAGCCAAGACCCCCACCGAUUGAGCAUUGGUAGCCGCCAUGGUGACACGACUGGCUUGAUGAGGGCCUACGACGAAGAGGCCGGUGCCGAAUUUGGUCUGACCGAUCUGGCCGAGGAAAGCGAUGACGACAAUGACCACCGCAGAGCAAACGGAUCCGCCAACGGCCACUCGAAACCAUACAAUGAGACAAUCGAGCUCCAGAACCAGAGGGCCGACAGAUGAGAAGGUGCGGCGGAACCGUCUAUUUCCUGGUUAUUGGUAGACGUUGAGGAGGCGGUUGUCUUUUUUUCUCGAAGCAUUUCUUAUCAGGAGCCCGCCAUAGGGGCAAUACUGUACAUUUUCUCGAAAGCCAUAUGACUGAGAAGUUUUCCACGACAUGAUCGGAUUCAUGAACAAGGCAAAGACCUACGGAAAAGGUGUAGGUGCGUGCAUCCAAGGGAAGGAUUUGGAGAGGAAGCACCGGAAAUCAGAACCAUCAAGCUUUCCACGCAAACACACUAUUUCGCUUCUGCCACGGCAUGGGGAGUAUUUUCGGCACAGGAGGGAUUACCUGGCCGGGGGCGUUGAUCAAGGUUUCCAUGGUACCGUGUGCGAAAGCACCUCUUGUACGAUUAGGGAGGCGACAGAUGGGAACGAGGCAUUUUCCAAUUCGCCCGGAGACGUGACAUUUUUGUUCAUAGUCCAGAAGUAUUCGAAGCACCAUAGACAUCGACAAUGGCUGAGGAGGGCCUGUCGAAUUGAACAUGGACUGAUACGACUUUGACU